CAAAUAUGGAGAGCACCGGAGAAACGGGUCCGUCAGCGUUACCGUUUGGGGAGAAAGUAUCAGAAGCAGUGCUCUCACUUUACCGUUGUCUACCUAAGAAAGGAAAACCUCAAGGCCGUGAAGUCACUGUUUUAGCUGCUUUUCUUAUCUCUUCACCUUCACAAGACUUGAAAGUGAUUUCGCUGGGAACAGGGACGAAAUGUAUAGGCCGUAAUCGAAGGAGUUUGAAAGGCGAUGUUGUUAAUGAUUCUCAUGCUGAAAUUAUCGCUAGAAGAGCUCUCCUAAGGUACUUGUAUUCAGAGAUUCAACAUGUUUACAAUACUCGUGCACAUAGCAAUGGAAGUGUAUUAUGCGAUGAUGUGGAAAACUUCAUGUUUCAUUUGGAGAGUGAUGGUUUAGGACCGAAAAGAUUGAAAAUGAAGUAUGGGUGGCAGUUACAUUUGUACAUAUCUCAAUUACCGUGUGGAGCCUCACCUAGUUCAGAGCUUGCUUUAUUGCAUGAUAGUCCUGCAAAGCAAGGGGGCAUGAUGUGCUCAUCUAUGCAAUUUAAUUAUUCAAAAGAGGAGUCGUUGGGAUAUAUGUCAGUGAAUGAUGGUUGUAUUCCUUUGGGCUUUGGCACAGUCAUGCGAAAACCUGGUCGUGGAGAUACAACUUUAUCAGUCAGUUGCUCUGAUAAGAUUGCUCGUUGGAACGUGGUCGGUGUACAAGGAGCUCUACUUUCUUACUUCUUGGAGCCAAUUUAUAUUUCUUCUGUGACCGUUGGACAAUCCCAUAUAGCUUCUAAAUCCUCCAUUAUCAAAGAUGAAAUGAUAAGAGUUAUGCACGAGCGAAUCUUACCAUUGUCCAAGCUAAUGGAUCCAUUUCAAGUGAACAAGCCACUUGUCUUUGUUGCGCCAAUUCCACCCGAGGAGUUUCAACAUUCUGAAACUGCUCUGACCACUUUAACAUGCGGGUACUCCAUAUGCUGGAACAAGUCCGGGUUGCAUGAAGUCAUUCUUGGAACCACUGGCAGGAAGCAGGGCACUUCUGCAAAAGGCGCAAUGUCUCCUUCCACUGAGUCUUCUCUAUGCAAGAAGCGCCUUUUGGAAUCCUUCUUAUCACUAUCACGUAAUUGCUUAGGUGAAAAUGCUUUUGUUGGGAACUCUUAUCGAGAACUAAAGGAUAAGUCGCAAGAAUAUCAUUUAGCUUCAAAAACCUUUAAAGCCAGUUCAAAUUUCAAGAAUUGGUUUCUGAAACCUCAAGAUUUUGAGGCAUUCAUGGCUCUGUAGUUGAGUUGCCGCUGAAGAUAGAUUGCAUGACUGAAGAUGACUAUAACAUGUGCCUUGCAGAGUUGCAGGGACAAUGGUGGAUCUGUGAAUGUAUUUGAAGGUUGAAGUGCUGAACAUGGGCCGUGAGUCAUUUUGGAGCAGAAGCUGAUAGUACGAGCCCAUUUCUGUGUGAGCAACUUCGUUGAAUUGACAGGGGAAUUGGUCAAAUUAUGUGAUUUAUGUUUUUUCAGUUUAGAGCUCUGCCUAGUUAUUUAAAUUUCUUGGCCUGUUGUUGAAGGGAUCAUCAGAAAAAAUGAAAAAAAAAUUUGAGCCUUAAUGCAUUAGGCAUGUGAAGGAUGUUGUCAACACUUGCUGUGUGACUUCUUUGAAAGCUGCUUUGUUAAAGUCACUCAAAUGCUUUAUUUCCUUCUUGGGGGUUCAGUCA